AUGCCCCUUACUAAAUUACAUGGUUAUCAAGAAGAAGCAGUGAAUACUAUCGCGGAAAAAUUUCGGCAAUACUUAAUUAAUCCCCCCCUCACCGGCACCGCCAAAAAUCCCUCCCUCAUCCCCUUUAUUUAUUCUUUAAAAUCAAUUACCGGGAGCGGUAAAACCGCCAUGUUAGCCGCUUUAACCGCCCAAAUAAGUAAAGACUUACAUUAUCCCCUCAGCGAGGUAUAUUCUAUUCAAGAAUUAAUUAACGGUUUAACUACUCCCCUCCUCAAUAACCCUAACCCACUUAUCUACUUAACUACCACCGGAAUAUUUAACAUUCAGACCAAAGAAGGACGCUUAAUUUAUCAGUCCGAACGAGCCGACCAAACUAAUAAUUCCACUUGGGAACUCUUAAUUAAGCGUCCGCUCCACGAAAAAAAACGCGGUCUUAUCAUUAUCUAUGAUGAGGGACAACAUUUAACCGAACAACAAAUUAACCGCUUACUCGAAUUAGCUCCCAACGCUUUAAUUUUGGCUUCCGGAACCCCUAAAGAUUUAGUGUUUGCGGUCUCCAAUAACCAAGUAGUCGCCACCGGUUUAAUUAAGAACAAAUUACGGAAAUUAAAUGGCUUAGCGGUUCAAAAAGGUCUACCGGGCUUAAAAGUGAUUUAUAUUUGUAAAACUAAUGUCUUGGAAAAAGAAAAGUUUGAAAAAGAUAAUAAACCGAAAAAAAUUGCGGUCUGUGCUAAUUUAGAGUUAAAAAAAGAUUUUCCUCCACCCACUGAUUUUAUUCUUUUUGACGGACAAAGUGGACAAGAUUAUCAAAACAUUGGCAGUGAUAUUCAAGCCCAACAAUUAAUUGGACGAGCCUUGCGAACCCCCCAAGGAAAGCACUAUCGAGGACAAUAUAAAGACCUAAAUACCGCUUAUUUUUAUAUUAAAACGAGCAAUAAGGAAUUUAGCGAAAUUGUGAGUAAGAUUAAUAAAGAGUUAGAGAAGAUUAGUGAUUUAAUUAAGUUAGAUGUUCCCACUAAAUCAGAAAAAAAGCGACUGACCCCAGUUUUGGUGAAAAAGGCGAGAUAUUUACCCCAAAUUGCGGUCAUUAACCAAGCCGAGACCGAAUUAGCCAUUCGCAAUAUCUUAAUUAAUAAAGUUAAAGAUUAUUCGCAAACUGACCCAACGGAGAUAGAACCAGAAGACAAAAGAGCGAUUAUGGAUUACCAUAUUGGCAAAAAUACUCCUCUGAAAGUCAUUUGGGAAAAGUUUUCUUUUCGGAAUAAGGUAUCAGUGCGGAAUGUCUUACGAAGAAAUAUUAUGAGCCGGAAUUCUCGGGCAUUAGAUUUAACGGAUUUGAGUAGCUUAGAAUAUAAAGAGAAGUUGGAUUUUUUAAUUGGUCGGAAUUCUCCGGCCGAACAAGAAUUAAAAGAGCUUGCCGGGGAAAUUGUGGAUACUUAUUUAACCGUUAUUCAACUAAUUACCCAAGCGGAUAAACCUUUACCAGUUCCGGAUAUGAAUGUUAAUUUGAAUGGUGAAUAUUAUGAAUUUGAGAAUAGUUUACACAAAUAUUAUAGCAAUUUGAACCCCGUGGAGCAUGAAUGUGCUCGCAUGAUUGACGAGUUAGAUGAUGAAACGCUAGUGGCAGUAGAAACAACGGGUAAAAGUUUAUUAAAAGAUAAAUUAGAUAGAAAGUUGUUUACCAUUGAGAGUUUUGCGGGAGGGGUGGUUCCGGCAGGAGAGAUAGUUCCACCACGAAAAGUGCGAGUAGGAGUAAUCUCGACCACCGAUACUUUUGGAAAAUAUCGGGUUUAUUGA